AUGAGCCCUCUCGAUUGGGCAUAUAAAACAGAACCACAGAAAUUUGCUUGUUUUGGAUUGAAUGGACAGCAAUCAAGAUGGCCUCGAGGAAAAGUAUUAGGUGGUUCCAGCGUUUUAAACACCAUGGUAUUCUCCAGAGGCAACCAUAAAGAUUACGAUAAUUGGGCCAGAAAUGGUGCGUAUGGAUGGAGUUGGAAGGAAGUUUUUCCGUAUUUUCUUAAAUCAGAAGAUAAUACAGAUAUAAAUUUGUUGAAAAAUGGAUAUCAUGCUACUGGUGGAUAUCAAACCAUUUCAUCUCCAAGAUUCGCUAGUCCUCUUCAGGCAGCAUUUUUGGAAGCUGGAAAAUUAUUUGGAUAUCCUACAAUAGAUGUUAAUGGUCCAACUCAAACUGGUUUUAGCCCUGGACAAUCGUUUUCCAGAAAGGGAAGGAGAUGUAGCACGAAUAAAGCAUUUAUAAGACCGGUUCAACACCGUCCAAAUCUUGACAUUUUGCUCUUUUCGUUCGUCACUAAGAUUGUCUUCGAUGAAUUUAAGAGAGCCAUAGGAGUUACUUUCGAUCGUUUCAAUCAAACAUAUUUUGUCAAAGCCAGGAAAGAGAUAAUAAUAUCAGCAGGUACUAUAAAUUCACCUCAGUUGCUAAUGCUUUCGGGUAUCGGACCUAAAGAAGAUUUACAACGUUUACGGAUUCCAGUUAUUUCAAAUCUUCCAGUGGGUUUAAAUCUACAAGAUCAUAUCUUCCCAUUAGGACUGGAUUUCUUAAUUAAUAAACCGAUUUCAGCGGUUCUUCAACGAUUUUUCACUCCAAAGGCGCUGCUACAAUAUUAUAUUGCAGGGAGAGGGAUUUUGACACUUUCUAUCGGAAUAGAAGGUAUAGGAUUCAUAAACACUAAGUACGCAAAUCCAGCCGAUGAUUACCCUGAUAUUCAGUAUCAUUUUUUAUCUGGAGGAAUGGCUUCUGAUGGAGGAAAACUAUUUUUUCCUGCAGCAGGAUUGAAAAGAGAGAUAUAUGAUUUAUAUUAUAGUCCAUUCGAAUAUGACGAUGCAUUUUCUAUAUUUCCUGUUUUGAUUCAUCCCAAAAGUCGUGGAUACGUUAAAUUAAGAAGUGCCAAUCCUUACGAACAUCCAAUUAUUCAACCUAAUUACCUAUCUCAUCCCGAGGAUAUUUUAAGAAUUGUUGAUGCCAUGAAACAGGGAAUGAGUUUAGGAGAAUCCUUGCCUUUUCAAAAGUUGGGAUCACGACUUUUACCCACUGUGGUUCCUGGAUGUGAAAAAUUUCCAAAAUUAAGCGAAAGAUAUUUUGAAUGUGUGGCACGAACAUUAACAUUCACAAUUUAUCAUCCUGCUGGAACAUGCAAAAUGGGCGCUAUUGAAGAUCUAACAACUGUGGUUGACCCUGAAUUAAGGGUGAAAGGUGUUUCGGGUCUACGUGUAGUCGAUGCGUCUAUAAUGCCAAAUAUUGUCUCAGGAAAUCUGAAUGCACCUGUAAUUAUGAUCGCUGAGAAGGCUGCAGAUAUGAUACGAAGAAUUAUGAAUUUGUUGAGGAUUCAAUUCUUACUGUACGUUGCAUUCUUUAGAGCGUUAGAUAUUAUCAGUGAUAAGAAGAAAGUUGUAGGGCUUGAAUAUGAUUACAUAAUCGUUGGUGGAGGGACAGCAGGAUCGGUUCUAGCUAAUCGAUUAUCAGAGAACCCCAACAAUAAUGUUCUUCUUUUAGAGGCUGGAAGUAAUGAAAACAUAGAAACUGACGUUCCUAUUAACACGCUUAGAAUGCAACUAACCAGUCUUGAUUGGGCAUAUAAAACAGAACCUCAGAAAUUUGCUUGUUUUGGAUUAAAUGGACAGCAAUCGAGAUGGCCUCGAGGAAAAAUAUUAGGGGGUUCCAGCGUUUUAAGCACCAUGGUAUUCUCUAGAGGUAAUCGUAAAGAUUACGACAAUUGGGCUAAAAAUGGCGCAUAUGGAUGGAGUUGGAAGGAAGUUUUUCCGUAUUUUCUUAAAUCAGAAGAUAAUACAGAUAUAAAUUUCUUGAGAAACGGAUAUCAUGCCUCCGGUGGAUAUCAAACCAUUUCAACUCCAAUAUACUCUAGUCUUCUUCAGACAACAUUUUUGGAAGCUGGAAAAUUAUUUGGAUAUCCUACAAUAGAUGUCAAUGGUCCAACUCAAACUGGGUUUAGUCAUGGACAGACUUUUUCGAGAAAUGGAAGACGAUGCAGCACCAAUAAAGCAUAUAUAAAACCUGUUCAAUAUCGUUCUAAUCUAGACAUUUUACUCUUUUCGUUCGUCACCAAAAUUAUUUUCAACGAAUUUAAGAGAGCCAUAGGAGUUACAUUCGAUCGUUUCGGUCAAAUAUAUUUCGUCAAAGCCAGGAAAGAGAUAAUAAUAUCAGCAGGUACUAUAAAUUCACCUCAGUUGCUAAUGCUUUCGGGUAUCGGACCUAAAGAAGAUUUACAACGUUUUCGGAUUCCAGUUAUUUCAAAUCUUCCAGUGGGUUUAAAUCUACAAGAUCAUAUCUUCCCAUUAGGAUUAAACUUUUUAAUUGACGAACCGAUUUCAGCUGUUCUUCUACGAUUUUACAAUCCGAAGACGAUUUUACAAUAUUGGUUUGCAGGCAAAGGAAUGUGGACUCGUGCAAAUGGAAUAGAAGGCAUUGGAUUUAUAAAUACUAAGUACGCUACACCAUUAGAUGAUUAUCCUGAUAUCCAAUAUUAUUUUUUAUCUGGAGGAAUGGCUUCUGAUGGAGGAAAAAUAUUGUUUCCUGUAACAGGAUUAAAAAGAGAGAUAUAUGAUUUAUAUUAUAGUCCAUUCGAAUAUGACGAUGCAUUUUCUAUAUUACCUAUUUUGCUUCGUCCUAAAAGUCGUGGAUACGUUAAAUUAAGAAGUGCCAAUCCUUACGAACAUCCGAUUAUUCAACCUAAUUACCUUUCUCAUCCCGAGGAUAUUUUAAAAAUUGUUGAUGCCAUGAGAAAGGCAAUUAUUUUAGGAGAAUCCUUACCUUUUAAAAAGUUGGGUUCACGACUUUUACCCACUGUGGUUCCUGGAUGUGAAAAUUUUCCAAAAUUAAGCAAUAGAUAUCUUGAAUGUGUGGCACGAACACUAACGCUCACAUUAUAUCAGCCUGUUGGAACAUGCAAAAUGGGUGCUAUUGAAGAUCCAACAACUGUGGUUGACCCCGAAUUAAGAGUAAAAGGUGUUUCUGGUCUACGAGUAGUCGAUGCUUCUAUAAUGCCAAAUAUCGUCUCAGGAAAUCUCAAUGCACCUACCAUUAUGAUAGCUGAAAAGGCUGCAGAUAUGAUACGAAGAAGUAGAUCAUUUUGA